CAUGACAGAACACCACAUAUAAAAUUUCAGCCAAAUCGGAUGAAAAUUACGGCUUCCAGGGGCUUAAGAAGUCAAAUCGGGAGAUCGGUUAAUAUGGGAGCUAUAUCCAAACCUGAACCGAUAUGGCCCAUUUGCAAUCCCCAACGAGCUACAUCAAUAUUAAGUAUCUGUGCAAAUUUACAAGCGACUAGCUAUACGCGUUUGAUCGCUAUCGUAAUUUCGACAGACGGACAUGACUAGAGCGAAUCAGAAUAUCGAGACUAUCCAGAAUAUAUAUAACCUUUAUGGGGUCGCAGAUCAAUAUUUCGAGGUGUUACAAAUGGAAUGACUAGGUUAGUAUAACCCAUCCUAUAAUGGUGGGUAUAAAAAGCAAUCAUCAAAAAACGAAUGCGUUUGAAAGCUACAGCAUUACUUGUUAAUGUUGAAUGAAGGCAAGUCAAAAGCAAGGAAAAUGUGAACGCGUUUUAAAAGCGAAUGGUGGCAAUCUGUUCUCUGAAUGCCCGGCAACAUUUUCUUGAGCGUAUACUAUGGUGUCUAGAUCGCUUGCGUGCGACCAUAAGGAUAUUAAAAUCGAAGGGUUCGCCGCUUGCAAUGCUGUCAGAAGACAAUACAUUUGUUGAUCUCAUGGAUAUGGCAUUGGAUCAAUUGAUGCCCUAUACCACGUACAUAGAUGGAGACAAAACUGAUGAAAAUUGUGAUGUUAGGUCGUCGGAAAGCCACUCGAAAGCAAUUGUAGAUAGUAAAGAAAUACGUGCGAAUAUUGAUCUGAUUUUGAGCCAUACAUUGGCUUUUGCCAAUGUUGCUCUAAAACAAGAUAAGAAAGCUUUGAGCGCCCUGUGUCAGAAAGUUUUACGCGAAUGCAUUGCAUUUGAAGAGGAAUGUGCAGAGACAUCCCAGACAGAUAGUAAUCGUAAGAUCAAGAGUAUUUCUCUUGAGAAUGCCUUAUACCAGUUGGAAGACUAUAUAAAUGAGUCACUAUUACGAUUGGUAUUCAGCUGUUUCCUGGACUUUAAUAAAUUGUCUGUGGACAAAUUGCGUUCGGUUAUCAUGGCGAAACAUCCCGAUGAUCCUGAACUGGAUGGUCUUAUAGCAGAUUUUGAUGUCAAUAUAGAUCGCACUACACAGAUUGGUAUGUUUGCUAUAGCCUUCGCAUCGAAUGUCCGCAUAAAAACUAUUGUACGUAGCUGUUUGGCUUCGUUUGAGGCCUUGGACUCUUGCAUUAUACCCUCACUGCAAGCCAAAGUCAAUUCCAAUUUAUAUGCCAAGAUCUUGGAGAAUCACUUUAAUGAAGAGGUGUCAAAUUUUAAACAAGCUAUCCAGGAGAUUAUAGACAGUCAUGCCUUCACAUCCUGCUAUUACGAUUUACUGGGCCAAGCCAUCAAAAAAAACGUUAAAGACUAUGACAAAGAAUCUCUUAAGGAUGUCACUAAAAUGGGUGAAUUUCUGUGCGACCACUUUCAAAUGGCUGUCAAUCAAAAGGAGAUGCGUCAGCACGCUAAUCGUUUGGAAAUUUUUAAUAAAUUUUCUCUAAUGUUGCGCGAAUGUCAAGCCAUACUGGCAUGCUCUGAAACAGAAAAUGUUCAGACCCAACGUAUUAUGAAAAGAUUUAAAAUUUUACAUUCAAUAGUAAGAAAAUUCAUGGAUGAACUUGGGGGAAAAUCCUCGCACAGCCAUCCUUUGAAUGCUUCAACGAGUUCGCAGGUGUUUAUAAUGUCAGAUGAACUCAGUGAUUCACAGCGUAUGUUUGCUUCGAUUGGUAUAUCACCUUCAAUAUGCAGUAUAUUGUAUAAUAAUACACCUAAAAGGAAUGAACGAAAUCGACAGCGCUUAGCCAGCGAUUCAUUAAAGGCUAAUUACUCGAAACUGCCUUUGGUGAGUCCAACAGCAGCGCCACUACCAGCACCACUGCCACAGAUACCAAUUGCUUUACAACAUCCCUCUGGAGUAAAUCCUAUGUUCACAAAAAGUGUGAAGAACAAUGUACCAGGACUUCAUAUGAAUCGCUUAAGCAUACGUAGAAAGGAAAGCCUGCGCAAGGCCAUGUUUAAAAGACAAAAAUCAAAUGAAACUGAAGAAUUGUAUGGAAUAUACAAAAAUAGUUCAGGAAGUUUGCAAAUAAGUGAAAUUCUCGAUCAACUAACGCGAUUCAAUUCGAGUUUCACUGAAAGUGUUCUCGAUAAGAGUUUUAUAUCUAAGUAAAAUAUCAAUGGUUUUUUAAAAAUUAUUUUAAGAUUACUAUUAUCUAGAAAUAUUGUUAGAUGAUAAUAUUUGUUCUGUUAUGUAAUUGCAUAAAUAAUUGAGAUUUUUCAACGCCUCUUUAAUGUUCGACUCUUCUAUAUCGUUUAGCUUGUUCAAAAGUCAUUAUUAUAAACCAAAAGUUUUUGGUAUUUAUUUGUAUAAUUUUCGAUGUAUAUUAUUCGUCUUCUUUUGGACGUAAUGGUUAAGUUCUAAAACGCUCUUUAUACAAAUAAAAAAUUUUAUCUACUUAUACAAGCUGAACAUAAAUUAUAUAUUAUUAAAUAUAUAUUGUAAAUGAAACAUUUAAACUUACAUUUUGUCUAAGAAAAUUGUUUAGUAUUUUUCCAAAUUUCGUCUGCUUUCCCCGUUAGUUAUAAAUGUCGCAUAACUAAACUAUUUGGGGCAUACAAACUUUUUGAGCUAUAUUGAGAUUUUCAAUUUUACAUGGCGGUGUAUGGAAAGGACAUUCAUUAAAUCACAAUACACAUAAUGCAUUAAUCCCGCAUGGACCUAUCUAUACCUUA